GAGAGAGCUUGAGAGAGAGAGAGAGAGAGAGAGAGAGAGAGAGAGAGAGAAAUCUAUCAAUGGAGUUUGAUCUCGAGAAUCCACUGCCACCAUCAAACGACAUUUUCCCUUCACUAUUCGAUAUAGAGAUUGAUCACAUGCCUUCCACCAACUACAUCCAAACCUUAAUUUCAUCCACCUACAAACGCCGCGAAAUCGCCUCCUCGAUCUUCCGCAUCUCCCGUCAAUCCGAUCCUUUCCUCCCUUACCUCGCCGUCAAUUACAUGGAUCGCUUCCUCUCCGCUCACUCCAUUCCGGAUGGAAAGCCAUGGAUCUUCCGAUUAGUUGCGGUUUCCUGCAUUUCGUUAGCACUGAAAAUGAGGAAAGCAGAGUUCUCCGUUUCCGAUCUCAUGGAUGAUGGAGGUUUAAUGUUUAAUUCUCUGACAAUCGAGAGAAUGGAGAUGCUGAUCCUCGGAGCUCUGAAAUGGCGGAUGCGUUCCGUUAAUCCGUUUUCGUUCCUCAAUUAUUUCAUCUCCUUUUUCGACUCCGACGACGAAGAAUUAAUCCAAGCCUUGAAAAACAGAGGAACUCAAAUCAUCUUGAAAUCUCAGAACGAUAUCAAACUACUCGAGUACAAGCCGUCGAUCAUCUCCGCCUCCGCCGUGCUCUUAGCAUCUCGCGAGUUUUCGCCAACGCAGUUUCAGCCAUUCCGAGAUGCCAUCUGCAGCUGCAUUUAUGUGAUUAAGGAGGAAUUGCAGCAUUGUUACGAUGUGAUGGCGGAGGCGGAAGAGGAGGAAGCGGCGGCGACGGCGUCGGGGUCGUUAACGCCGUCGCCUGCAAAUGUGCUGGACUUCAGCUGCUCGAUCUCAGAAACAGAGAGCAAUCAAACGAUUGAGAAUUCCGCCACUAAUAUAUCGUCUCAGCUUUCUCAGAAUUGCAUCACUGACUAGUUUGUACAUAACGAGAGGGACGUUAGCUUUGGCCACCAAAAAGUUGGGGGGGGGGGGGGGGGAAGGGUAUUUUCGUCUUUUCACAUCCGCCCUCGACGACGACCGCGUUUAGUUUGGUUUUCGAUUCGAACUAUAUAAUCUUUACCCUUUUUUUGUUGGAACAACGACGUUGGGCGGAUGGGCUAGUUAUUAAUUAGCAGAUUAGAUGUCUCUCUGUCCGACUAUCCCUCGUUGUUGUUGUGCGUUGUUUAUUAUUACGGAACUAUUUAUUAGAUGAAUCAGAUGUGAAGUGUCAUUUCAAUA